UGUGUGUGUGUGUUUCAGGCAAAGGUAAUAUAGAGAUGGAUACAAGCUGCAUCCCAGUUUGCUUACUCAUGCAUACUACAGCUAUUUACAUCAGUGGUGAUGGGGAAAAUUGCAUAAUUUUGAGUAUGCUAGUAUUACAGUACAUAAUGUAAUAAAAUUACACAUUGUAUGUAAACGUUGACUUGUAGAUAAAUUUAUUCACUAUUACGACAAAAAAAGAUGAACUGUUACAAGCUCCGCCUCUUCUGUAGCGCAAGGGGAUUGUGGGUAAUAUUGGCUCAAAAGGCAUCCACAGAAAGAACAUACCAUCCACAUUUAGAUAUAAUAUUUUUUGACAUACUAUGAUUUGCAUACUGUAUAGUAUGGAUAGUAUGCAAAUUGGGAUGCAGAUAUUGUCAUCCUUCCCUGUUUCUAUUUUUACUUCACUUACAUAUUCAGGUAAAAGAAAAGGAUUAAAUGAUUGUUAGUGCUGAGAAAGGGUUCGUGUGAGGUCAUAGAGUCUCUGUCAAUCACAAACUAGGGCGGGACCACUGGUUUGCUCACAUCUUCCAUUUCCAAAACAGCAGUUACAGUUUCAUCAGUUCUAUUAGAGAGAAACAGGAAUAUUGUGUGUGUGAGAGGAAAAAUUGCGGUGCGUGUCACGCUGAAUGUUUGCGGAUCACACCGUAGCAAUAUGUUGUAUUGAAUUGUAUUUGUAUAUAAUAAUUUGAGUGAGGUUUAAAUUCAUUUAAGCAUUACGGGAACGAUUCUGUGUCACAGAAAGAACUUGAGAGAUUGAAAGUGUCAGCAGAUGUCUGUAAUCUGGAGAUUGUGUGUGUUUUUGCUCAUCCACCAUCAACUGAUCAGUUUCUUUCACAUCAUUUCACUGAAAUCAUGUAUUUACUGUUAUUUGCUAAAUGUUUAUUGCCAGUGAUGAUUUCACAAAACUGCUUUUACCUACAACUGCAUAUCCCAAGGUGUUAAGCUCUACAUUACUGAGUAAACUGCUCAUAAUAAAAUUAUGAAUAUGUUUUUAAACAAGACUUGUUUGUUGUGUGUUUUAAAGCACUGGAGACAACCAAAAAUCCUGCUGUUUUAGUUUAGGGCCUCUAGAGGGCGCCAUAAACCACACACAUCUUCACUGCUUAUGCAAUAUGGCCUAACUGUGUUAUGUCUGAUAGUGCCUGCUGUGCCAUUUCCUGAUGUCUCAGCCUUUUUCAGAUUCACAGCGAGUAAACAGACACCACGCCUUCAAACUAAUAGCAAUAACGCAGUGAGAAUGUUCAUGCAUCUGAUAACAUAUUAUUACACAGGCAGCAUCGCUGUUCAUGGUAUCUAUAGGAGUUUAAAACCUCUUAGUAUCUUCAGCCCUUUACUCUCAUGUGAAAAAUGGAAAGGAAAUGAUUGUGUGUUUGUUUCAACAGGAUAUGAAAGGAUUAUUGUGUGAGUCAGUGUAUAAGCCUGAUAGCGCUUGUUUGUGUGUGUGUGUGUGUAAGCCUGUGUUGAUUCACAUGGGGACUUGUUAUUAUGCACACGUGAAGCUGAUUAGUACACACUGUCACUGUGCAACCGAGGAACAAUACGUAUAUAGUUCAGAUCAGCGCAGAGACACUACCAGAAACUACAGAAUGUGUAGCCUGGAUGAGGUUCCAUUUAAUAUCUCUCUGUUGGGUCAGAAAGAGCCGGUCACAGCUCCUGAACUUAAGAUCCCAGACUGUGUUCAAAUACUGCGUGAUACAAAGUAUUCAUUCACUCUGGAGAAAAAGAUCAUGGCUGCAUGGGAAGAACAGCAGUGGAAGAACAGGAAAGCCAAAAAGACACCACGGAGUGUGUGUCCCACCUGCCCGCCAUAUUGGCUGAUGUUCAGUAACCCACAGCAGAGCCGCAGGGUGCACCUCAGAAGUGCAGAAUUAUGGGAACUGGGCCCACGCCCCCGCAGUUUAAGCCUCAGUGCUGCUGACUCACAUAAGCUCCGCCCACUACGGGCGGUCCAGUUCCUCAUCGCCGACAUGGACUACGAGGGCGGCUACAGCGAAGACAACGAGAGCUCGUCUGAGGAUGAUGCUGUUUGUAGAAAAGAAAGACCGAAGAGUUCUGGUCCACAGUGCCCAUGGAUUUCUGCACAUCACACCCAGCGAGGCUCCACCCCUCGCCCAGUCCCUUCCGGCACUCUCCACAAGGCCCGACCAAGCUCCGCCUCCUCUGUUAAAGACAUACAUAAGCCUGUCCCCCCUGCCCUCAGCCAGACACCGCAGGGCAGCCCUCACGGCUCCAGAGCCCCCCGCAAGAAGCCCAGCAUAACAAGAACCAGCGGGCGACGGAACUCACACACCCUCCUACAGCCGAGACCCUCAUCCGCAGGACCGCUGCCCUCCGCCAGGACUCAGAAACACUCUUCAAAUGGUGUACGUCCGCGGACGUCCGCAGGACUACAGGAUGCUUCAGCAGACCUUCUGUGCGCUUUGAGUCAGGAAGAAAGGGAUCUUCUCGAAGCUGUUACACUACAUGGAUACACACUGCACACUGCCAUACUAGCACUGCAGAGGACAGGACCCAAGAGUCCAGAUCAGGUUUUGAGUAACCUUAUGUCAUGUGACCGUCUGUGUCGGCUGGGUUAUGAGAAGACUCAGGUGGAAGAAGCUUUGGAGAUGUUCCAAAACUGUGAGGCCAAGGCUUCAGAGUUUCUGCUGGUUCAGUUCUGUGAGAUGGGUUUCCCGCAGAGCACCAUUAAAGAAGUUUUACUGGUUCAUGAGAACCAUAAAGAGAAAGCCCUGGAGGAGCUCAUGACCCGCAGCGACUAAGAACACACAGAAAGAUCCUCAGCUAUGUGAACAAAUGAAUCCCAACCUCCAUGAGUGAAAUGAUCCUCAACUUCAUGAAUAAAUGAAUCAGCUAUAUGA